ACAGACUGGAGCUGCACUCUGCAGCCAGACCCUGUUGGAUAGGAGGGCCCCUAUUGGUUUAGAUGGUGUGGGCGUGUCUCUCUCUAUCAGCCUUUAUCCAAAGAGCUUGCCGCCUUGUGAUUGGCUGCGUGCAAGCGGUGACCACACUUCAUCCCGGGAGCUGUCACUGCCGUGACCUGACUGCGCAGAUUUGUUUGGCAUCUGACCGGUGAACAGGGCGGAAGCGGACAGGGAGACAAGGGGACCCCAAGAAAACCUAAAGAAUCUAAAGCUAAGCCAAAAAAAAUGUGCAAUAUGCUUUGAAAAAUUGCCUGAAGGAUAUGCGAAGGCCCUUUGUGUCUCAUGCACUGCUAGGAAUGUUCAGCAGGAGUCCCCGUCUUUCAUGGAUGAAUUAAAAAAUAUGAAAAGGCUGGAAAGUACAAGCCUCUGUGGCCACUGCUCUUCCUUCGCAAUCCACCGCUGGUCCUCCUCCUGCAAAAAGAAUCCAGAAAGCAAUCAUGUCUGAAGAAUGGACACCCUCAGGAGACUCCACAUCCUCAAAGCUGAUGAGGAAGACUAAGGAAUCACCUUUUGUUCCUAUAGGGAUGGCUGGCUUCAUGGCAGUGGUGGCUUAUGGUCUUUACAGAAUCCGUAGCAGGGGGGACCAGAAGAUGUCAGUACAUCUCAUUCACAUGAGAGUGGGUGCCCAAGGCUUUGUUGUUGGUGCUAUGACUUUUGGUGUAUUAUAUUCAAUGUACAAGGAAUACAUCAAGCCUCGCUUUGAAGAUCAUUCUGAAAAUGAGAAAUGAAGUAAAAGCAGAGGCUGCCAGGAACAUGAAGUGUCUGCAUAGACCUGUCUGGUAAUCGGCCUUCUGAGCCCUGGACAAGCUUAAUAGUAUUGUGUUUUAGAACAGUUUUCUCACUGAUUUACCUCUAAUGUGUAACUAUACCACAUGUUGGUAGUUUUAUUGACUGUGUCAUGUACUAGUAUAUCCUCUCUUUUCUUGUAGUACUAGCUACAAAUUGACUCGAAUUUCCCAAUUCAUGGUGCAGAAAUACUUACAGUAUUGGUAGGUGAGGGGUUCACUACAUUGGCACAAUACACUUGUAUUAUAGCAAAGAUGAAGAUAAGACCUCCCAUUCCAACAGUAUCCAUCCCAUUCCCAGGGGUCAAGUCCUGAGGAUAAAAGUGUGGGAACUCGUCCAAGAUUUUAACUCAAGGGCUGGUCCUGCAGGACUCUUUCUAAUGGGAACAGUUUCCCUACUGUGGAAAAAGUGCAGGAACUCCAUUCCCAUACAUUCCUGCAGAACUUAACCCUGCCUAUUCCUCCUAUUAUGGUACUAGCGAGUCCUGCAUAACAUCUUGUUACCCAGUAGUAAAGGUGAUUGGUCCACCCAGAUCUGGGUCCCCUCUCUCCAAAGGCAUGGCAUGCCUCUGUGGGAUGUACACCCUUUAUAUUCCAUAACCUAUUUGUGGUUCUUUUAAUGCAGUAACCCCUGUCUCUUUAAUGUUGCAGGUAGUAUACCUAGACUGCUAUGGGUUCACUAUGUGCAAAGUAUAAAUGAAUUGUCCUGCCAUAUACUGCUUAUCAUCUGACACAUGAAUAUACCCAUUAGUUGUAGAUCAGUGCACAAAUCUGUGAUGUUCCAGUUGAAUUUCCACUUGUUCUGUCUUUGUGUCUAUUGUACAUCACCAGCCACCAGUACAGUGAAAUUUCCUUUUAUGCCUGUGGGUGACCCGAAAUGCAGAGUGAAAUAUUUAUAGGAUUACUUUAGUCUAGUUUCUUUUAAACUUUAAUAUUUUUUCUUUUUAUGCAGUUUAAAAAAACGUAAAAGCAGCUUAAAGUAUAUUUCUGUACAAUGGAUAUUUCUAAUAAAUGCCAGUGCUGGUAAUCUGAGUAGAUGA